UAACGAGCGUCUUAGUUCCAAACAGGCAAUUGGGCAGGAUCGUCGGUGUAUCGUCGUGCGUUAAUAGAUAUAGAAUAAAUUAGCAUAUCAGCAUCCGCUCAGAAGUCAGCGGUUGCAGGUUUGCCGGCGAAUUGGCAAAUUGAAGGUGUGAAAUACGAUCUUCAUCUCGAAGAAGUGAGACAUUGUUCUCGGACGCCACUGUGCGGAACCUUACGAAAGUGUGAUAACAGCAGGUGGUUAUGCAAUAUUGGCCUUCGGCUGUGGACUGAAAGUGAAUCUUUGCCUGUGAAAUUCAAGAACUCGGAACUGAUACCUGUGUGUCAUGAUGAGAUGUGCGGCACUGAUCGUGUUGGCUUUGGCUGCCGUAGCUCGAGCAGAGGAUUUCAACGGAUAUUUCUAUCCAAAGCCUAGCUGCUCUUUUCAAGCGGAUCAAACGGUUUAUGUCACGCAGACUCAAACAGAAUACCAAGUCUACACGGAAACUGCCCAAGGCCAGAUCCAGUACGAUGAACAAACCAUUACACAAUACUCUUCAAUCUACAUCACAUCGGAAUAUACACAAACUGUACCAGUGUACGAAACGGAGACCCGGACAAACACCUAUACCGUCACGGCGCCUGCCGGACCUCCUCAAACCAUCUACAAUACAAUAACGCAGCCACCGAUCGUAUCAACCUACGUGUCUACACAAAUACAGGCAACUCCAGUCUACACGACCAUACGGGACGUCACAACAGUUACCCUGCCACCGCGAGUACUUCCCGCGCAAACCGUUUACAAUACAGUUUCUCUACCAGCGGUUACCAGAACCACCACUAUCGUUCAAACUGCAACCGUUCCGGUUAUUCAAACUGUUCAAGACGUUAGAACUGUUACUGCACCUCCAGUUACCCUACCUCCACAAGUCAUCUACUCCACGGUACAACUGCCAGCACAAUACAUCACCACAACAUCCUACUACACAACCACCACUCCAGUCAUCCAAACGGUCCACGACACAAUUACCGCUCCGCCAGUAUCGCUACCAGGUCAAACUAUCUACCAAACCAUUACUCAACCAGCGCAGACUGUAGUGUCCACAAUAAUCAGCGCCACGCCAACACAAGUAUACAAAACUAUUACCAAUACCCAAACCAUAUCUCUACCAGCGCCACCGGCGCAGUACACGACCAUCUAUACUACCGUUACACUUCCGGGUCAGGAUUAUACACAGAACAACAUCGCUACCACAACGUUGUAUGACGUCCAGUACAUCACAGAAACCGUAACCAACACCAUUCCUGGAAUCCAAUACGACGCUCAAACCAUCUACACCACAGUAACGCUGCCAGAAGUCACACAGACCUUCUGUGGUCCACAAAACACCUACUUGCCGGCCGCCGAUGGUAGCAACGGUGGAUUCAGUGGGUUCGCUAGGGGUUUCAGUCAGCGAUUUAAUCGGCUCUUCUGAGCAUUCAGUCGGCAUGGACCGAGUUUUAAAGACAAUACUCAUAAACGCUGCCAGCACCAGUAGACAACGGCUCGUUUCAUUAAGUGUAAAUAAAUGCGCACCUAUGCGGUGAUGAUCUACUGAA